AUGAACGGGAACCUAUUUUACAAACAAUUUGAUAUUUUAAAAUGCCUAAACUUUAAAAACUUUUUUUUCGUAAAUAAAAGAGGUGUUCUUCAAUCAAAAUUUCAAAAAAAAAAUGAAACGUCUUACAAUUUCCCAUUCAAGGUGAGUAGAACUACCUCUGGAAACUUGCCAGUGUACACUAAGAUAAGGAGACAUGGCACAAUAGUAACGACAGUUGUUCGCCAUAUUUAUGGAGAUAUAAAGGUAUUCAAAGAGCAUUUAAGGAAUAUAUGUGAAGCACCGGUCAGAGAACAUAUAGGAUAUAUAGAAGUUAAGGGGCUACAUACUAUUAAAAUAAAACAGUGGUUACAACAUAUAGGUUUUUGA